UCUCAUAAUCUUCUUUCCCUCUCUCAUUUAUUUAUUAGUAAAUCUCCCUUUACCAGUUACCACUUACCCAAAAACCUUCUUUUUCAACUCGGCUGUAUGAAUCAUUUUGACUCGUCGUCAACUCAGUUCUCACUGUGAAUGCCCAGAUGUUUUUUCUUUCACUUGUUCUUUCUCUCAGAUGCUUAGAGAAUAGUGAUAAUGCAGAACGCUAAACCCCCAGAAAGGUUAGAAUCAAAAAACCCAGAUUUGGAACUCUUAGGGGAGGGUUAUGAAGCUCCUGAUUUGCCCACUUUGAUCUAAAGUAGUAAUGUGUCAGACUCCAUUUUUGAUGUUCAGCUUCAAGAAAAUGGUAAUGCUGUUGUAGGAAAUAGCUUAGCCAUGGAUGUAGAAGAGAAUGGUGCAAUUGUUAUUGACGCUGCAGGAGGUUGUUUACUGGAUGAUGGAGACGAUCGAAUUGGGGUUGGAGUAGAUUGUGAAGGUGGGGACAAUGCGGUUGUCGAACCUGUUACGGAUGAGGGGACGAAGGAAGAGGAUUGUUUGGGGAUUAAUGGAGUUGAUUUGGUUAAUAAGGUACAAGUUUCCGGAGACAACAUAUCGCUUUAUGUGGAUUUUUCGGGAACUGUAAAUGAAGUAAACAGCACUGGGUUAACUGCAAUUGAGGAUGAGUUGAAGGAAUCCAGAAACGAGGGGGAGUUGGUAAUUGUUGGACCAGAGCAUAAGUUUUAUGUAGCUGAUAUUGUUUGGGUUAGAACAAAAAGUCUGAGUUGGUGGCCUGGAAAGAUCUUAGAACCUUCAGAUGCCCCGGAGUAUGCUUUGAUUGGUGACGAGAAAAACUGCUUGCUGGUUGGGUACUUUGGUAUUAGCCAUGUUGCUUGGUGUUGCCCUUCUCAGUUGAAGCCUUUCCUUGUGAACUUUGAUCAGAUGAUUAGAAAGAACAAAGCUAGAAGCUUUCUUGGUGCAGUCGAGAAGGCUAUGGAUGAUUUCGGGAAGCGCCUGAAACUAGAGCUCACAUGUUCUUGUGUUCCGAAUGAAAAUAAGUUCUUAAAUAGUAACUCCGCUACUAAGGAAGGAGCUUCCAUGGCAGAGUGCAAAACCAGUCAAUUGGCGGAGUUUUCUGCCCAUCGGUUUGAGCCUGUGAAGUUUCUUUGUCAACUCAAAAAUCUUGCACAGAUUGUUACAGUGCCUGAUAUGCUUGAGUUUGUUGUCCUACAGAGCUAUUUGUCAGCAUUUUUCUGUUCCAAAGGACAUUUCCAGUUUCCCUUGCAUCAACUAUGGGAAACGACAUACGAUGCAGAGAACGCUGAAAAAACCAGCAUACCGUAUGAAUUCUUGUUGAAACAAUCUGAUGUAAUGAAGGAUGAGAUGAUACUCAGUCAUAAUGGGGUUUUGGCCAAGAUUUCAGAUGAGAAAAGUGGGGCUUUUCCAGAGAGCUGUGGAGUCAUCAUUGCCGCAAAAGGUGUUUUCUCAAACAAACAGGCUUUGACUUCGAGGAAGAGAAAGAGAAAAGUUUCUGUAAAAAAUUUCGAUGAUAACAGUGAAUUAAGAAAUGAAUCGGGCUAUGAGUUGACAGAACGAAGGAAGAGCAAGAGCAAGUACUUGUCGUAUCCCUAUGUUUCAGGUGAAACAAAAGAUCCUGUAGCUUUGAAAGUUCUUCAUGAGGGGGUUAAUGAAUUUAUCGGGUUUUCUUCCUGUGACAAAAGAAGUGCAAAGAAGUUCCAGAAAACAUGGUAUAGGAAAUUCAUAAGAGGAAAUAGUGUAACUGCUUAUCCGGAGCUCAGCAGUAUUUCUUCUGCUGAACUGCUUUCUGAGCUACAUUUUCUAGCUGUUGAUUUCCUGUUUUCAACCGAAAAUAAAACCUUUGAUCUGAUUGAGUGGUUCUUCUCUAGAUUCAGAAUUUCAGCAUAUCAUGAUGAAUCCAUCUAUGAGAUGCAAUGCAAGAAUAUGGCUACUCAGAAAGAGGCUACUGUUACAGAUCCUUCCUUGUCGGGGAACGAUCCACUUCAAAUAAAGCCUACUUCCUCACCCCUCACUCCUCCCGUGAAUAAAAGGCAAAAGAAAAAGAAGCCUACAACCUCAGCAGCAUCAAACAUUAAAUCUCUUUCAGGCACAUUAGACGGGAAUAUUAAUUUCGUGCCAUGUAACUUAUCAGUGAAAGCAUCUGAAGUAACGGCCUCUGAAGCACCUAACGGGAAACAAACCCAUCAAGAUACUAAAGAAGCUACUAACAUACCAGAUUUGAAUGGAAAUGGUAGUAUAACUCCAAGCUCAUUUAUUGCAAACAAAAAUAAUGCAAGCUCCGGAUCGGUUUUGUUAGAUUUUCAGGCAAUUGGCCCACAUUCCGUGAAAACAAUUGCUGAACAAAGUAACAGAGAGGGGCUAAAUUUUGGUCUGCCUGAUUCUGGUGGAAGCACUGUGCCUCAAACAGGACCAAACAUGGUUUCAUUUGCAUCUGAAAGUAAGCCAGGUAAGAAGAAGAGAGGAAGGAAGCCAAAAGCGCAAUAUGGCCCUCUGAGCCCUACGCCCACUUCAAACAUACCUGAUCUAAAUGGAACUGGUACAGAACCCAAUACAUCGACAAAAGAUUUGCAGGACGUAAACAGUGUUCUGCCUACAGAAAACCCUGCGCGGAAGAGGAAGAGGAGGAAGAAAGGGGAGGUUAUUUUGGGCACUCCGAAUAUGAUUUUAAAUUACAAUGGAGCAGGGGCAAGUGGAAAAGCCCCUGCAACCACUCUUCUCUUGACGUUCACCCCUGGUGCCUCCAUGCCUUCAAAAGAAGUUUUGGAUGCAACAUUUUCCAGGUUCGGGCCCUUGAAGGAAUCAGAGCUUCAGAUAUUUAAAGAUUCUAGUAGUGCCCGGGUUGUUUUCAUGCAAAGUGAAGAUGCUGCAAAAGCAUUGCAGAGUCUAGAGGAGAGCAAUUCUUUCGGCGCAUCGCUUAAGAAAUGCCACCUCCAGAAUGACUCUAUUCUAACUAAUAAACGCACGGAGGGAUUCCGUUUGCCUGCAAAUCUUACUAGUCCAGUGCCGGUGCCUCUCCUUGGGGAAACACCUCCUAAUAUUGAUUUUAUGAGGCAGAAUCUUGAGAUGAUGACAUCAGUGCUCAAUAAAUCUGGGGAUAACCUGCCUCCAGAGAUGAAGGCAAAGCUCGAGAACGAGAUUAAGGGACUACUGAAGAAGGUCAGUACCUGUCCUGGUUCCUCCACCUAGUUAGAAGUGUAAAUUGUUGAGAUCUCUGAUGUAGUUUCCUAUCUAUAAGACUCGUUUAAGGUACCUGAUUUGCUCUCUCAAAUGGCUGAGUCUCCUUUGUUUCUGAGAAAUGUUUGUGGUUAAAUUGGAUGGAGUGAGCAUUAAGCAUAGGCAAUGAUGUUCAUCUCUUCUUUGUUUCUUUUAAUAACUUUUGCCUUUGUUUCUCUUGGACAUGACGACGGUUCAAAUAACAAUUCUUUGAAAUUGGUGGCAUUUUCACAUAAA